AUGAUUUGGAAUCGUGCUAGCUUGUUUUGUAUUCCUGUAAUCUUUUAUUUGCGACGGCUUCCCCACGGCUCAGUUCCUGCUCCUUCAUAUUAUCCCCGCCUCUUCAGUGCCCUCGAUUAUAUCGUUAAAGAAUCCUUUGAUGAAGAAUUUCGUAAAGUCGCCAUUAUUUUAGGUCUUGUGGAAUCGCUGGCAGAGCUGUUGGUCCUUGAAUUGGCCGUAUUUGAUAUACCCGCUAGAAACGAGCACAGAUCGUUGCGAAAGCUUAUCGCUAACGCUCUGACAAAUCUGACCUACGGUCAUGCAGCUAGUAAACGCCGUCUUUGUUUCUACUCUGGUUUCAUUCCUACCGUUGUUAGGAUUCUCAACGAAGCGCGGAAUCUUGCACAGCUAUCGUAUGCUAUUCAAGGUUAUUGCGGGAAAGGUGUUCGUUUCGAUGUCUACGCUAAAGAGAAUGCUGUCUGCUUUGUUUACGUCUGA